AUGCUCACCAAAAUAGUCAAGAAGAUGGUCAACAACAUGGUCGAAAAUGAUCAAGAAGAUAGUGAAAAAACAUUGUCACGAAGGCCACCACGUCAAUCCAGGAUGGUUACACUGAACAGUUAUAUAGCAGCAGUGAUUGUAAUGGGGGUCAGCAGUGCACUUACAGUCAGUGAAAAAUUGGAGGAACCUAAAGAGAAGGUUGUCAUGAUGGUGGAUCAGGCGAUGAGCCAGGUGGGCGAGAUGGUGAGUCAGGUGGUGGAUCAUCAUCUCAUCGACUGUCACCUGGUGCUCAUAUCCACUACACGACAUUCAUACGUCGCGUCCAAUAUCCACAGACGUCUCAGUGCUGGUGGGAUGUCUAGUGUGGUACUGGUGACAGGACUGUCGUUUAACCAGGACCAGCUGAACCAGGACCAGCUGAACCAGGACCAGCUGAACCAGGACCAGGACCUACAGAACCAUCUGAAGCAGGGGCUUUGGGGAGACGCCAGAACCACCUGUCGAGGACUCAUUCUUGACCUCACAGUAUCCAGUAAUACGACCGUUUUACUUCGGUAA